AUGGAUUCAACCGACUCGUUGCUCCCACAAGCUCUCGAGCGUAUCAGAGAGCCUGGUGAUGCUGCCAUGCCCACUCUCCUUCAAAUCAUUGGCGGAAUUGUAGGAACAGUAUUAUUCUUCGUUUUCGUUCUUCCUCUUUUCGGUGGUACCGUUGAAUUUGAUGGCGACCAAUGGGGUCUCAUCUUUGCUUCUAUUGAUCCCUAUUUAUGGGCAGCCAUUGGUACCGGAUGUGUGAUUGGACUCUCAGUGAUGGGUGCUGGUUGGGGUAUUAUGGUUUCCGGUUCAAGUAUUAUGGGUGGAUGUGUUCGUGCUCCAAGAAUUAAAACCAAAAACCUCAUCAGCGUUAUUUUCUGUGAGGCCGUUGCUAUUUACGGAAUUAUUAUGGCCAUUGUUAUUAGUACUCAAACCAGUUGGUUCCAAGAUGCAAAGGAUCCAACCAAGGCUACUCCAUACAUGUUGGUCGUGAGUGGAUGUUAUACAUUGUUUGCCGCUGGUAUCACUGUUGGUUUGGGUAAUUUGGCUUGUGGAGCAUGUGUUGGUAUUGUCGGUAGUAGUUGUGCCAUUGCAGAUGCUGCUGAACCAUCACUCUUUGUCAAGAUUUUGGUUGUUGAAAUUUUCGCAAGUGCUCUCGGUAUCUUUGCCAUCAUUGUGGGUAUUGUGGUUGCUUCUAGUGCCAAGUUGAAACCAUAG